AUGUUAUGAAAUUUCGUAUACUUAUUCUGUGAUUAAAUUUUCAAAAUACUGACAGUAAACUGUAGCAAAUAGCAAUAGUACUAUUGACUAUAAAUAAUACCAUAAAUUAUUAAAAUUAACUCUAGGUAUUCAGUAGGUUGACCAGUAGUCUGCAGUUCAUAUUCUACGUUCGCAAUUUCACAUGUUAAGCGUGUUCGAACUUCGACGUUAAUUCUUUAUUAUGAUUCAUGAUCCAUGGACGUAAGACGUUCAUACUUUUGUUGUUUUAAUAAUUAUUAUUCUUUAUAGUCUUUACUAUUUUUUAGUCUUACAUAUAAUAUUGUAAUAAUUAUAUAAAUAAUUUAAUAGUAUGAAAGUAUAUACUAUUGAAAAAUAAUGACUUCAUUUAAAAAAUCAUUUGUGAAACCGUUUGCUCGUCCCAGUGAGUUAUAUACUGUCGAAGACUCUUAUUGGAAAAAACUUGCUAGCCCUGUAUUGGUCAAAGAAUUUGGUCCCAUAGACUAUGUACAUUUUUCACGACGUGCACCUUAUCAUUUUGCAAUUUCAUGUUCUGCUCGAGUCCAAGUUUAUAACCCUGUUACAAAAGUAGUAACUAAAAACCUUAAUAAAUUUAAAGAAGCUGCCUAUGGUGCAACAUUUCGUUCAGAUGGCCAGUUAUUAUGUGCUGGUGGCGAGGAAUCUGUUGUGAGAUUAUUUGAAGUUAAUACAAAGUCUAUGUUGAGACAGUUCAGAGGGCAUAAAGCUGCUGUUCACCGUACAUAUUUCACAAGAGACGGACAUCAUAUUGCAAGCUUUUCAGAUGACAAAACUGUUUCAUUAUGGGAUAUAAGUAGUCAACAAAUCAGUGGACAUUAUGAAGGAUAUCAUAAAGACUAUAUUAGAGCAGGAUGUGUUUCUCCAGUUUCUGAAAAUAUAGUUGUUUCUGGUGGCUAUGACAAACAAAUUAAUAUGUUCGAUUCAAGAACUAAAUCAGUAACUAUGUCAGUUGACCACGAGUCACCUGUAGAAAGCUUAAUAUUUUUACCUUCUGGCAGCUUACUUAUAUCUGCUGGUGGUACUGAGGUUCGUAUAUGGGAUGUUUUAGCUGGUAAAUUGUUGGCUAAACUCACUCAAAACCAUAAGACUGUAACUGCGUUAUGCUUAGCUAAGCAAGGUACAUCCAUAGUAACUGCCUCAUUGGACAAACAUGUUAAGAUUUACAACGUAUCAACAUUCCAACUGUCACAUGAUAUUACGUAUCCAAGUGCAGUACUUAGUAUUGAUAUAAGUAGAGAUGACAAAACAAUUGUAGCUGGAACUGUGGAUGGAAUUGUGAACAUAACUAAACGUGACACAUCAGUGAAACAUAACAAUGAAAAUAAAAAGAGGCAUGCUAGAGCUGCAGCAAUUGUCCAAUCCGAUGGUAUUGAUAUGAGUGUCCCAAUGAUGCAACCUGAUCAGAUGAGCAAAUUUGAUACCGCUUUAAGGAAAUUUAAUUAUAGGCAAGCAUUAGAUUUAGUUUUGGUUCAUGCGGUUGCAUUCAAGAAACCCCAUAUAACAGUUUAUGUGUUUGAUGAAUUAUGCAGGAGAAAUGGCUUAGAGCAUGCAAUAUCUGGUAGAAAUUCAAAACAAUUAGCAUUUUUAUUAAAUUUUAUUGUUCGAUAUAUUGGAGUUAGAAAAUUAUCUAAAACAUUGACACAUGUUGCUUCAACAGUUAUUGAUUGUUAUUGGGAUUCAUUUGAUACUUGCACCCUUGAAGUUCGUGCACUGCUGACAAAAUUACAUACUGUUGUUGAAAAUGAAAUAUUACUAACUAAGAGAUUGUUAGCUAUUGAUGGGUUAGUUAAAAUGUUACUUAUUAGUUCUGAAGUAUUACCUGAUGUUUCUCAGACCACAAAACUUGAUAAUAAAAUUGUUGUUAACAAUUAACUUUAAGUGGUUUUUAUUUGUAUUUUAAUUUUAUCAAUAAAUUAAAUACAGCUAAUUUUACUUCAGACAAAUAUAUACACCAACUUACAGUUUGAAAUUCUAAUAAUAUUUUUGAUUAAGUACUUAAAGUACUUUAUACAACUGAAAAUAAUAGAUUUUUAACUGGUCUAUUUUACAUUUAUGGAAAGUCUCGAGUAUUUUGUAUUGCGAUACAUUAUUAGCCCAUGAUUGAGUAUAUUAUUAAACUUUUUCAUCAAAAAAUAUUCAAUACAUUAAAAAGAUACUAUAAAACAUUGAUUUUUUUCUAAAGACUUACAAUUUUUAUUAAUAGGAAUUAGCAUUUAAUUAGACAUAUUAAAUUCUUCAUUAUUGUUAUUGUGAUUAGUGUUGAAUGUUAUUAUUGAUAUCGAUAUCAUAAAUUGGUCCCACAUGACUUAUAUACUCGGCAAAUAUUUGUCACUUGUUAUACUGAACGAGUCAAAAGAGUAGAGACUAUACCUCGUUAUAGGAAGUAUUUAUUAUUUAAUCAUAAAGCAUAACAAUUAUUUUAAUGCACCAUGUCACUCAUGAUUUUACAUCUAUUGUAGCAAUUUAUUACCGGGUCAGUAGUUUUUACCCACCCUCACCCUAAACAGAUUGAGGCAUAUUACAGUGUCUCAUCUAAAUUUGUGUAUACCAAAUAUUUUCAGUAUGCCAGUAUCUAUAAAUUACAUGGCUGAAAGAAAAAAUAAAACUUGUUUAUCCCAUAUUUAUUUUUGAUGGGACUUUUUUAAAAUUUGAAUAACUGCUGGCUAUUAUUAUUAUA